CCGCAGGGUCAUGGCGCUGGGGGUGCAGCUGCUUCUGCUCCAGGCUCUGUGGACGCCGGCGGCUCUAGGGAGGCCCGGCUCCGGGCAAGCGGGCGACGGGGGCUGGCAGCGGGGCGGGCCGGGGGCGCCGGCGGCCGUGGCCGAGGAGGAGCGCUGCACUGUGGAGCGCCGCGCCGACCUCACUUACGCCGAGUUCGUGCAGCGCUACGCCUUCUUCAGACCCGUCAUCCUGCAGGGGCUCACAGACAACACGAGGUUCCGGGCCCUGUGCUCCCGCGAAAGGCUGCUGGCCUUGUUUGGGGACAGCGUGGUCCGGCUGAGUACAGCCAACACUUUCUCCUACCAGAAAGUGGACCUGCCUUUCCAGGAGUAUGUGGAGCAGUUGCUGCACCCCCAGGACCCCACUUCUCUGGGCAAUGGUGAGCCACGCCUGAGUGGUGGUGAUGGGGGGGGCACUUGGGUGUCAGGAUUCCAAUCUCCUCUGGUGCUCUGUUGGCAGACACGCUGUACUUCUUCGGCGACAACAACUUCACUGAAUGGGCGCCGCUCUUCCGCCACUACUCACCACCCCCAUUUGGCCUGCUGGGCACCACCCCUGCUUACAGCUUUGGAAUCGCAGGUGGGCGUCCCCACAGGAUCCAGGGAUUUGUGUGUGUACGUUGGAGGUGAUAAGAUGGUCACUAGUUGUUCUGACCCCACAGGAGCCGGCUCUGGUGUGCCCUUCCACUGGCACGGGCCUGGGUUCUCGGAGGUGAUCUACGGCCGAAAGCGCUGGUUCCUGUACCCCCCCGAGAAGACACCCGAGUUCCACCCCAACAAGACCACGUUGGCCUGGUUCCACGACACAUACCCUACUCUAGCACCCUCCGCAAGGCCCCUGGAGUGCACCAUCCAGGCUGGGGAGGUGCUGUACUUCCCCGACCGAUGGUGGCACGCUACUCUCAACCUGGACACCAGCGUCUUUAUCUCCACCUUCUUAGGGUGACCGGAGGAGCUGCCAGCCAAGCCCCGUCACACAUC